GAAGAUGGACAAUUGAAUAGAGACCUCCACACUGUACCAUACACACAUCGCUCCGGAACAUGCUGGAUAAUAGAGGUUCAAUCUCCUUUUCUGCGUCGUCGAGGCUGUGGUAGGCAUGCAGAUAGGCCGGCCGCUGAGUGAGUCGGAGUCAGUGCGUGACCACCCACAUCGUGUGCGGCGCCGUGCAUAUAUAAGACGUAAGCGCGGGACCGCCUCCUCCCCACAAAUCGCAACCGCCACGCCCACCCCCGCCAGCUACAUAUCUCUCGCAUCGCAUCCCCCGUCUCUAUUUACCACCCUAGACGAUAGACAUCAUGGGCGACAUGGACUGGGACAGCAAGGUCGUUAUCGGCUCCAAGGGCAAGGUCCCGAAGGUGACCAGGACCACCUCUGAUCUGAAUGGGAUGCAGGCACGGCGAACCGGUGCUGUCGUGGCUACAGACAAGAAAGUGACAGCUGGGAUGAACAAGGCUCACCAAAGCACCGACCACCAACGGAUAGCCAAGCUCGACCGUGAAAACGAGGUCGCGCCACCGCCCAAGAUCUUGCCCUCCGUCGGGAAGGCGAUCCAAACAGCCCGCAUGGAGAAGGGGCUCACGCAGAAGGACCUCGCGCAGAAGGUCAACGAGAAGCCGUCCGUCAUCCAGGAUUACGAGUCGAGCAAGGCCAUCCCGAACCCGCAGGUCCUCGGCAAGCUCGAGCGCGUGCUCGGCGUGAAGCUCCGCGGCGCGGACAUCGGCAAGAAGCUGGGGGGACCGAAGGCGUCGUAA